CUGGCCGCCGCCGCCCCACCAAUCGCGGCCAGCGCUGCCGGGCGCCGCGACAACACAGCGGUCCUCUUUGCCGCCAGGGGAGGAGAGGAGAGAGAGGGAGGGGGAGAGGACAAAACCGCGCACGCCGCCCAGCUCCUGUUUCCUCUUCGGCUGCAUCCCGGGGCAGGUAUGGACCCUCGUCAACUAGGAAGCAUGCUUUCCAGCAGCAGAUGAGAGGCAACUGAUACGAGCACAUCUUGCUAGCAGAUUUUACAAGCAAAAUCCAUAAAGAGCAUUUCCAGCCUGAGAUGAAGUGGAACACUGGCGUGGCAGGGCAAUUGGAUCAACAAGUCUGAAGAGAAGAGAACAAGUAUACUACUGUUUUAGCAAACACCUAUCUACCUCCAUGAAAACGACUCAUUUUAUCAGAAGUGCUCACUUAUGUGGACUUUCUGGGAUGGCUCUCCUAAGAACUUUAAGACGAUUGAUAAGGAAGCCGUUUUCCCAGUGGAAGCUUUGGAAGUGUACCAUUGUUGUUUUUAUCUUUUUAAUAUUUUUGCUUUUGUUACAAAGAGAAGUUGGUAUUCAGGAUUUUUACGAUGAGCCAGGAAUCCAGUCGAAAGACGGAAAGAGGUCUAAUAUGUUCGGCCUGGUGUUGCAAGCUGUGAACAAUAUUAAAGGCGCAAAGCCGAACAUGCAAAUCAAUGCCCCUCUUAGACAAACUCAGGUUCCUGGUGAGAGGCGCUGUUUACCAGGGUCUUACACAGCAGCUGAACUGAAACCCUUCCUGGAUCGACCCCCUCAGGACCCUAAUGCUCCGGGAGCUUCUGGUAAAGCCUUUAAACCUGUCAAUUUAAGUCCAAAAGAGCAGAAGGAGAAAGAGCGUGGAGAUGAGAAACAUUGUUUUAAUGCUUUUGUAAGCGACAGGAUUUCUUUACACCGGGAUCUCGGACCAGACACAAGACCUCCUGAGUGUAUUGAGCAAAAAUUUAAACGCUGUCCACCACUGCCUACUACAAGUGUUAUCAUAGUUUUUCACAACGAAGCUUGGUCUACGCUACUAAGAACAGUUCAUAGUGUGAUGUAUACUUCCCCUGCAAUUUUGCUGAAAGAAAUAAUUAUGGUGGAUGAUGCCAGUGAAGAUGAUUACUUGCACGAUAAAUUAGAUGAAUACGUGAAACAAUUCCAGAUAGUUAAAAUUGUCCGGCAACAGAAGAGAAAAGGCCUCAUCACUGCUCGAUUGCUGGGUGCUUCAGUUGCAACAGGAGAAACUCUCACUUUUUUGGAUGCACACUGUGAGUGUUUUUAUGGCUGGCUAGAACCGUUGUUGUCAAGAAUAGCUGAAAACUCUACUUGUGUUGUAAGCCCAGAUAUUUCUGCUAUAGAUGUCGAUACUUUUGAAUUCAGCAAGCCUUCUCCGUAUGGUCAUAACCACAACAGAGGAAAUUUUGACUGGACUUUGUCCUUUGGAUGGGAAUCUCUGCCUGAUCAUGAAAACAAAAGGAGGAAAGAUGAAACCUAUCCUAUUAAAACACCCACUUUUGCAGGAGGUCUCUUUUCAAUAUCAAAAGAAUACUUCGAAUACAUUGGAAGCUAUGAUGAAGAAAUGGAAAUAUGGGGAGGAGAAAACAUAGAAAUGUCUUUCAGAGUAUGGCAAUGUGGAGGUCAGUUGGAAAUCAUACCUUGCUCUGUUGUUGGCCAUGUGUUUCGCAGCAAGAGCCCUCACACCUUUCCAAAAGGGACUCAGGUGAUCACACGUAACCAAGUUCGCCUUGCAGAAGUCUGGAUGGAUGAAUUUAAAGACAUAUUUUACAGAAGAAACAGAGAAGCAGCAAAAAUAGUUAAACAAAAAGCAUUCGGUGACCUCUCAAAAAGACUGGGGUUGAGGCAGCAGUUGCAGUGUAAAGGCUUUUCGUGGUACCUAAGAAAUGUGUAUCCAGAGAUGUACAUACCAGACUUGAAUCCUUCAUUAGCUGGAUUUUUAAAAAGCAUUGGAAGAAGAUCGUGCCUAGAUGCUGGUGAAAACAAUAGUGGUGGCAAACCAUUAAUUAUGUAUGCUUGUCAUGGACUUGGAGGAAACCAGUACUUUGAAUAUACCGCCCACCGUGAAAUCAGACACAACAUCCAGAAGGAGCUGUGCAUCCAUGCUUCUCGAGGAGCAGUACAACUUUACGAGUGCGGCUACAAAGGAAAGAAGAGCAGGACCCCUCCGGAGGAGAAAUGGGAGAUCAGAGAAGACCAGCUGUUAUACAACGCAGUUCUAAAGAUGUGCCUUACAGCAAAUGGCGAACAUCCAAGAAUGGUGUCAUGUAACCCCUCUGACCCGUUCCAGAAAUGGGUUUUUGGUGAAAACAAUUAAGUCCUAGUGCUGGUAAAUAGGAGAUAGUGGGCCAAACCUUCUGUGGACUUAAUGGGGUGAGGCUUUUCUACUUUACCCUAUUGAGCCCUCCAAAAUUUUGUUCCUGGUGGGGGGUCAAUAGACCCUCAGGGACAGCACAAGAUGCAAACUGAGGGUGUGCAGUGGGAGGGGGAAUCGGAACUUGCCAUCCUCACAGAGGAGCUCUGUUAUUGGACUCAUGCCUCUGGCAUUGAAUGAUAAAUGUUUAAAAUUACACAGAAAGAACUGAUUGUAAAUAUCGGGAAAGCUUUUCUUCUUUAAAAGCAACAUGCACAGUUUAGCAGUGAUUCCAAAGACUAUGUCUGUUUCUUGACUGUUUAAAAAUGUUUACAAAAUAUUGGAAAUUGUGUUUCCAGUAUUAAUUUUUAUAUGGCCAUUGCCUUUUAAUAUGUAAUUCUCUGAUUUGGAGAUAGUUUACAAGUUUGUAUAUAUUCUUAAUGACUUUGAAGAUGUUGGUCAAUGAAGGUUAGGAAAUACACUUUUUUUUUUGUCUGAGAGCAGCUGAAAAACAAAGUGCCUUAUGGGUGAUCUUCACAAUUUAAACUAUGACUUGACUUUCUUGAAUGGCCUGAUCAGCCUUGUGGUAGGCAUUGAUCUAGGCCGCCUAAUGCUUAACAUGUUUAAGGAAAUGCUAUUAAAUGCAUCAACUCUUGUGAAAAUACAUAUAUUAUCAUUCUUGAAUUAAAAUUAUAUUUUUGGUAUUUAGUCCUUUGCUUGCCUUCCAUGCCAUUGGCCUGAAUGCAUGUUUCCAUGCAGUUUGGUCUCAAUAAUGCCUCUCUUUGGUUGUUAAUGUUGAGCUUUGUGUGUUAGCAUUUUUGAAUCCAAUUAAGAAAAGAAACCAAUUCUGUAUUGCUAGAAAAUGCAGUGUGUGUACUGGCGUUACAUUUUUGGUUCUGCCACCAAUCCUGGUAAUAGAUAAACUUCAAGUUUCCAUUUUUGUAAUUGUUUUCACAGUUCUGUUUUCCUUCCUUAACUGUUCAAAACCUGAAUAUGGGACCAGUCACAAAAUGUUACAAGAGACUUCCACUAGAAAAGUGGAAUUUUUCUUUUGUUUAACUUAAUACUCUAGGUGUAAAAUGAUUAUUGCUUUCCUCAAUCAAAAUGUAAAUGUCUCAUUAUUUACAUGUUCCUUGUUGUUGUUUUGCUUAGUCACCCUCCUCCCACCCCAAGCAAUGUUAAUGCUAAGAAAAUAAUCCUUAAACCAAAAUAAGAUCUGGUACUUACUGUUGGUAAAGUUCAUGUCAGAAAGAAUACAGAAAAUCAAAGGCUAAAACAUUCUCUAGCUUUAUGAAGAUUCAAGCCAAAACUUUGUUUAAAACGCUUGUAAUCUUGGAUGAUAAUGAAGCAAUUUCCUGUAUUUCAGAGCCCUUUUUUUAAAAAAAGGAUAUUACAGGUAUUUAAAGUUCUAUGUAUACAGCAUGAAGUGUCAUAGAAUGUUCCAGCAAUGCUAUUAUUCUUAUUUUGAAAUAUUUUCUUUAGUGAUCUAUUUAUGGUUGUUUUUCUCCAUUUGGUGUAAAUCUGGGAUUUAAACCACAAUGCUAACUGCUACUUUUUCUUCCUCCACACUCAUAUGCCCAAAAAAUUCAACCAAACUAUACACUGAAGCUACAAUUAUGAUUUUAUGACAUUUCAAUGUUACAUUUUUAUCUUUUCAACAGAAUGUGUUCCUCCUCCAAUAAAAACACAAAAACCCAAGAAAAACCUUCGUUUUGUGUGCAUUUAACCCAACACUUUUAAUUACUGUUGUUCCAGAUUAGGCUCUUCCUUUUUGUACUCCUGGUGUUUACUUCUGACAUGUGACAUGCUGCAGACUGUGCCUUUUUAAUUCUGUUCCAUAGCACAAUAAAAAUAAAACUAUUUUAAUGUAAAACUUA